ACGAACGUUAACGUUAAUGGAGCAUCAUCGUUAAUAUUGAAUAUAGAUGCCAAAUCGCGCUCCAAAAAGUGUUACGCCGCCGAUCAUGUACUAGCUCUAUUAAGAGUUGGAUAUAUGUCGCGUAAAAUCAAUUAG